CACUCACGUCCAGGAUAUCUUCAGCCCUAAAUGUUCAUACCUACAAGAACCACGUUCCUGCCAAGGGUGCUUGCCACCGAAGGAUCAUUUCGAAAAGCUUAAGUAGAACAUCGUAGCUUCGCUGAGUCGUCCUUGGCUUCAAUUUCAUCUCUUGUGUCAAACCUCUUCCAAUAAUCCCGAAACCAUGGUCGGGGCUAAGAGCCUAGGCUGCUUGGAAUGCAAGCGCCGGAAAGUAAAGUGUGAUCAACGCUUCCCGAAGUGUGCAAAUUGCGAGCGUGUCGGCCGAUGGUGCUCCGGUCCCAAGUCUCACUUCAUCCGCUUUGUUCGUCCCGGAGCCGAAGAGCACAUGAACACGGUAACAGUCAGCCAGUAUCAGUCACUCAAAUCUCCAAGAAGUACUGUUUCAGAGCGGUUGUCGGCAGACCUCGUCCGCCAGCUGCGAGACAUUGACAACGUUGGCUACCAAUUGCAAUGUUUCGGGGUAUUCGUCUCCUUUCUUCCAGCACGAAUAGGGCACAAUCGUGCCCUUGAUGCUGCUGUGAAAUGCUUGCUCCAAGUCCAUUCUGCAAUGAUUCGGGGCAAAACUUUGACUACCCACACGGAAGGUUUAGACAGCUACAACGAAUCAAUUGCUUUGAUCAGGAAGGAUCUUAACGAUAAGCAAACUCAGACGAACGCCGAGACAGUAUGUGCUGCGUUGAUACUUUCAACAUAUGAGCUGUACAAAAGGGACCAUUGUCAUUCCUGGGUAACACAUGCUGGAGGCGUCGCUGCAAUUCUGCAAUGUUGGGGUCCAGACCGCUUCGUUUCGGACUUCGAAAUGGCGCUCUUUGCGUCACAUUACGGAUCUACUGUUUCCACUUCGAUAAUUUAUGGGAAGUCGUGCUUCCUCGACGCUCCAGAAUGGCAUGCUUUGCGAGGCAGGUGUCUGAAAACAUUUCCUGGACUCGACAAAUAUACAAUGGACUGCUUGACUGCUCUAGCGAGACUUCCAAAUCUUCUACAGAGUAUCAGGAAAUCAAAGGCAAGUGCGCGGCGCCCGAUCUGGUCUCGUGAGCAGCUACAACUUGCGCAAGAGUUCAAGGCCAUGGUCUCCCAGCAUGCCCUGAAACUACAUCUCGACUUCCUCAAUCCGGAACUCAUCUGGGAACGAGCCAGCACUUCCUCGUAUUCAAAUCAAACUAUGUUAGUAUUCGCAAAGCCUAGGAUAGCUUUUCGUUACAACUUUUACUGGGCUGUAACAAUCAUUGCGAAUAAAAUCUUGUUGGCGUUUGGUGAAGACGACCAAUCGCUGGUGGAAGAGUAUAGGGACGCUGCAGAAGACAUAUGUAGAUCCUUUGAAUACCUCCAGACGCUCAGACCAUUGGGUAUUCUAUGGUUGAACUUUGCAGCUUCAAUGGCAUAUGGAGUAUCUGGAGAAGCUACCCGCCAACGAAUUGUGGAAGAGAUGGAAGAGGCGUUAUUUCCUAUCCAGAUAGAGGCUACGGAGACUGUUUUGAAUAUGAGUUAUAACAUGUUGACGGGAGGGAUUGAUGAGAUCGAGCAGAUCCGGGAGUUCGAUACGUUCUACAAUGGUUAG